AAAAGGGUCAACACUCAAGAGUGACAAGUUAGAAAGACUCUUAUGUCCUUGGACAAAAACAAAAUCAGUUUUUUACUGGCUUCAUCUCUUCCCGCUCACACAAACGCACGCUUCCAUGAACGGACCUCACUUCCUACUCUCGCUUCUCUUCCUGCUCUUUUCACCGUCUCUCGCUUUAUCCCCAAACGACACUAAUGCCCUUACCCUCUUCCGUCUCCAGACCGACACACAUGCAAACCUCCUCGCCAAUUGGACAGGCGGUGAUGCCUGCUCUGCAUCAUGGAGCGGCGUCAAGUGCUCCACCACUGGACGCGUCGAAUCACUGUUUCUUCCUUCUUUAGACCUUCGGGGUCCGAUUGACUCUCUUUCUCUCCUCGACCAACUGCGGGUGCUUGACCUCCACAGCAACCGCCUCAACAGCACCAUUUUGCCUAUCACCAACUGUACUAAUCUCAAGCUUCUGUACCUUUCCGGAAAUGAUUUCUCCGGCGAAAUUCCGCAGGAGAUUUCAUCCCUCAAGCGCCUCCUCCGGCUCGAUUUGUCGACUAACAACAUUCACGGCGAGAUUCCCCGGGAUUUGUUAAACCUGAGCAGACUCCUCACCCUCAGGUUACAGAACAACGAAAUCUCGGGUCGGAUUCCGGAUCUUUCUGCAGCACUUCCCAAUCUUAAAGAGCUUAAUGUAUCAAACAACGAACUGUACGGGCGAUUGCCGGAAGGAAUGUUGAAGAAAUUCGGCGAUCGAACUUUCUCUGGGAACGAAGGGCUUUGUGGAUCCGGCUCGUUGCCUCCGUGUUCCUUCACGGAGACGCCCCCUGUAAAUGGUUCUUCUGAAACCGUGCCGUCUAACCCCAGCUCGAUUCCUCAAACACCAUUACUCGGAGAAGACAAGAAUCGAACACGAAAAGGACUAAGACCCGGUGCUAUUGUGGCAAUUGUGGUUGCCAAUUGUGUGGUACUUUUGGUGGUGAUAUCCUUUGUCGUCGCCUAUCUCUGCGGCAGACAUGGAAGUAGUGAAUCGAAAGUAGGGAGUGAAAAGAGGAGAAGCAGCUAUGGGAGUGAAAAGAAGGUUUAUGCCAACGGUGGUGGAGAUAGUGACGGUACAAAUGCCACGGAUCGGAGCAAGCUUGUGUUCUACGACAAGAGAAAGCCAUUUGAGCUGGAGGAUUUGUUGCGGGCAUCUGCGGAGAUGCUCGGGAAAGGAAGCCUGGGUACUGUGUACAAGGCAGUCCUCGACGAUGGGUGUUCGGUGGCCGUGAAGAGGCUCAAGGACGCUAACCCUUGUGCCAGGAAGGAAUUCGAGCAAUACAUGGAUGUAAUAGGGAAAAUUAAGCAUCCAAACAUCGUGAGGCUGAGGGCUUACUAUUAUGCCAAGGAAGAGAAGCUCCUUGUCUAUGAUCAUCUUCCCAAUGGAAGCUUGCAUUCACUUCUUCAUGAAAACAGGGGUCCAGGGAGAAUCCCAUUGGAUUGGACGACGAGGAUAAGCUUGGUGUUAGGUGCAGCUCGGGGACUUGCUCGAAUUCAUGAAGAGUAUGGUGGAAAAAUUCCACAUGGAAAUGUGAAAUCCUCAAAUGUGUUGCUUGACAAGAAUGGCGUGGCUUUGAUUUCUGAUUUCGGAUUAUCGCUCCUGUUGAAUCCAGCUCAUGCAAUAGCAAGAUUGGGAGGGUACAAGGCUCCUGAACAGUCAGAAAUCAAGAGGCUCUCGCACAAGGCUGAUGUCUAUAGCUUUGGGGUCUUAUUGCUGGAAGUUCUUACAGGAAGGGCACCAGCUCAGUACCCUUCCCCCACACGUCCACGCGUGGAUGAAGAGGAACAGGCUAUUGAUCUCCCAAAAUGGGUACGAUCAGUAGUGAAGGAAGAGUGGACGGCAGAAGUGUUCGAUCAGGAACUUCUGAGGUAUAAGAACAUUGAGGAGGAGCUUGUGUCAAUGCUUCAUGUGGGGUUGGCUUGUGUAGCCCCAUUGCCUGAAAAGAGGCCAACAAUGCCUGAAGUGGUGAAGCUGAUUGAGGACAUCAGGGUGGAACAAUCUCCUUUAGGAGAAGAUUACGAUGAAUCGCGCAAUUCGCUCUCACCUUCCCUUGCCACCACCGAAGAUGGAUUGGCUGGAUAUUGAUUAGUCCUGCCAAUAUAACUUAUGGGUUGUUUUGUUCUUGAUUUGCAUUUUCUCGCUGCCAGUUACCAGCAUUGUAGGCUUCUCCCGAGCCCUUUUGUUCUGUAGUGUUGUUCUUUGUAGUUAUGUAAGCACUGAAUCUACAUUGUCACAUGUGGGUAGUCGUGAUCUUGCGAGCACAAGCAACCAGAUUGCAUAUCUCAUGGCUCUUUAGGUUUAUAUUUGAACUGGAUUUGGAAAUUUAGAAUUUUAACCGGGUGCAUGA